AUGGGAAAGAAACAAGUGUGCCCACCUCGUGCCCUCCCUCCAGUGCCUUCUGCAGAUGAAAUUCCACUGAGUCGUCCCAAAAAAAGGAAACCCAAAGGAAAGACUCCAUUAGAUGGCAUUGUCCAAGCAGCAGUUCGUCGGCAGUCUGAAAGCAGUGAGCCCCUAACUCCUGAACCUCAUAAUGUCCCUCCUCAGAGGAAACGCAAGAAGAAGAAAGUACCUACUGAUUCCGAGACCUCUUUUACCCAGCAAAAUGUUGCAUCCCUAUUUCAGAAUGGAAAUGGCAUGGAUGUCCCUGAAGCUGAAGAAACAGUGAUCCCCAAACAGAGAAAAAGAACAAAGAAACCUCGGCCAGCUGAAAUGCACUGUUCCAAUGAGCUGGAAGUGGAGGAGGAAGAUAUCGUUGAAGAUGAGCACAGAAAGAGCCCAGAUCAGCAGCCAGUAUUUGCUGCUCCCACUGGAAUUAGCCAGCCUGUUAGCAAAGUGUUUGUUGAAAAAAAUCGGCGUUUUCAGGCAGCCGACCGUACAGAAUUGAUUAAAACCACUGACAAUAUCAAUGUACUUAUGGAUGUGAAGGCUUCAUGGACUACCAGAGAUGUUGCCCUUUCAGUGCACCGAAGUUUCAGGGUGAUUGGACUCUUUACCCAUGGCUUCCUUGCUGGGUAUGCUGUGUGGAACGUCAUUGUUAUCUACGUUUUGGCAGGAAAUCAGCUUUCCACGGUUUCUAACCUGCUCGAGCAGUAUAAGACGCUAGCAUACCCAGCUCAAAGUUUGUUCUAUUUGUUGCUGUCUAUCAGUACAGUCUCAGCCUUUGACAGGAUUGAUUUGGCAACAGCGUCGGUUGCACUGAGGGGCUUUCUUACCCUAGACCCAGCAGCAGUAGCCUCUUUCUUGUACUUUGCUGCUCUUAUCUUAUCCUUAAGCCAGCAGAUGACAUGUGACAGAAUUAACCUCUACACACCACCUUCAGAAAAUGGCAGCAUCUGGAUGGCAGGUACUGAGGAAGAAAUUGUUCAGCCAUGGGUUGUGGUGAAUCUGGUAGUGUCUAUUCUAGUUGGGACAAGUUGGAUCUUCUUGUCUUACCGACCAGAGCUAGACCACAGUGAAGAACUGAUGUUUCAUGCUGAAAUAGAGGAAUUUCCCCAGGGAGAUAUCAUACCCAGAGUCCAGCCAUAGUGUGGAACAAGCAUCUGCAAAUAUUGUAGCUGUGACUGAUGGCUCAACAUGUUGUGUAUUAUAGCCAUGUAUUAUAACUUUCA